ACAAAAUAUUCGGUAUUUUCUUAAAAUUGACAUCACAGUCACACUGGGUCUAUUGACAAUGCCGCUUGGAAACGCUGGGCGAAUUGCUGUUUGUUGGGCAUUUUUAACUGUUGGUGGUGUGUACGCUUUUGUCUUGUCCAAAAGAUCAGUCGAAGGCCGAAGGUCAGAGACAUUACGAGUGCGUGAGCGCAUGAAAAAGGCAAACCACGGCGAAUACGAUCACACUAUUUCCGACAGGCGUUUUGACUAGAAACCAAAAGCAAAAUUGUAAAACAAAACAACAAAAAAUAUAUAAUCAAUUUAUAAUAAAACAUCAA